UGUCAAAUCUGUCGUUUACAAUUGAUUAAACGUACACGAAACAAGAUUUGAUAACAUUUUGUUGGUAAAUUUAACGUAUCUAUUGUUGAAAUAAAACCAUAAUUUAAAGCUACGUCAAAAUAUAAAAAAAUGGCAGUGCAGCAAGAAAAGCAGAACAAUGUUACUGUGGCAAAAAAAUCUAGAUUAGAAAUGAAUAUUCGACAACUUCUAAAUAAAUGUGAAUUAAUUGCCAAACAAGAACCAAUCGAUAGUAACUGCAGGCUAAAACACUAUGUAGAAUCAUUAAAUGAAAUGUUAACUGAAAUAAAAACAAGCCCUGAUAAGCCACCGAAAGAUCUUCUAGCUGAAUACUCAAAGAGAGCAGCUUUUUUGAAGGGACUUAUUCAGACAGCUUCACUUAACAGUCCUAUAGAAAAGCUAGAAGCAGUUCAACAGCUUUCUCAUGGAGCAGCAACAAUGUCAACAGACAGUCCAGCUCAAGAAAUACAUCAGAAAACAGUUGCUAAAUAUGGAGUUGAAUUGAGAUCGGAGCUCUUUGGUCUCGAAGACAACAAUGACACUCUAAGACAGCGGAAUAUAAUAAAGGCAGCAAAUUUCACCAGCAACAGCACAAGUCAAGAGGAUAUUGACUCCUUACUGAAAUACCACCAGAAUAUGCAGGAGAAAGUUGCCGAAAACAUGGUCAUGCUUACCAAAAGUUUAAAAGAACAAUCUCAAAUCGCCAGCACUAUUAUUAAAGGUGAUACAGAGGCUCUAAAGAAAUCUUCAGACUUGACAGACAGGAACCUGUCCUCGCUGAAGGUGGAGUCAGAUCGGCUUCAGGAACACAGUCGGAGUGCUUGGAAAUGCUGGUUAUGGAUUAUGCUUGCCGUUGUUAUGGUCAUAUUCAUCAAUAUGGUGCUGUUCAUGAAAGUGAUGAAGAAACGAAAGUAUUGAACAUCUAAACGAGUUAAUGUUACUUCUUUAGUUACCAUAAUUAUUUCUACAUUAAAUGUACAUUUUAUUUAUUACUAUCAUAAGAGUUAAACUAAAUAAACAUUAUAUGAC